CUCUUCAUUUAUGCAUAUAUAUUGAUAGAUCAGUAGACAGACAUAUGUAAAGAGUGAAUAAGAAGGAACAUCAGACAGAAAUCAUGGGUGCUUUCCUCCCUUGGUACACCUUCACUGCUGUGAUUCUCCUGGCAAUUCAUGGAGGUUUGUCUGUGGAUAUCAUUGGAGGCAAGGAAGUAGAACCACACUCGAGACCAUUCAUGGCCCAAAUCAAGGGACGAGGAGGAAUUAUUUGCGGAGGAGCUUUAAUUAAGGAAAACUGGGUCUUAACAGCUGCACAUUGUAAAGUUUCUCUCCUCAGGAAAAAAAGCAAAGUUAUUCUUGGAGCCCAUUCAUCAAAAAAAAGAGAAAAAGAACAGCAAGCUUUUCAGAUUGCAAAAGACAUUCCUUAUCCAUGCUACGACCCCAGUACCAAGGAAAAUGACAUUAUGCUGCUUCAGCUUCAGGGAAGAGCAAAACUUAAUAAAGCUGUGCAACCAAUCCCCCUGCCUCCUUCAGAUGAUGAUCCCAAACCAGGAACAGUUUGCACAGUAGCAGGAUGGGGCAAGACUAAGAAUCAUCCAGGAGGCUACUCUACUGCCCUGAUGGAAGUCAAUAUCACUGUCAUCAAGAGGGAAAUAUGCAAUGAUAAAAUGCAUUAUAAUGGCAAACCUGUCAUAACAGAGAACAUGAUAUGUGCAGGGGCUAAGAAUGGAAAAAAGGAUUCAUGUCAUGGGGACUCUGGUGGACCUUUAAGAUGUAAUCAUAUUAUGAGAGGCAUCACUUCAUUUGGGAUGAAGGAAUGUGGCAGCGCUCGUGGCCCCGGUGUCUACACUCGACUCACGAAGCGGCACCUUGAGUGGAUAAGGAAAACCAUAGGGGGGGCAUGAUAGACUGGGUUUGGGCCGCAUAAUUUGUGUAAAUGAAAUGGGCUUUUAAAAACAGCUUCACUGGUCUGGUAGAAGAGGUAUUCUCACUCUGAAUUUUGGCAGCUUGAUGUAGUUCUGCUACAAUGGCAUUUAUAGCUUACACUGUCAGCCACGGAGUCAUUGGGGGUAUUUGGGACUGAGGAUUCCAACAUCCCUGUAGUGCAUGUUCACACUGAGCUCUACACGGACUGGUAUUUCAAAUCAAGAAUCUAACCCUUGUUUGGGUCCUCACUCCUUGUUUGGUAUAUGUAGCACUCUUUUGUACCUAGACUUCUGCAGAAACCCUGAAAGUUAGUGGUGUGCUAGGUACAAGUACAAACAACUAAAAAACUUUGUUUCUCUGCAGCAAAGCUCUUGGUUUUAUAGGUGUAGUGGAUUGUUAAGCUUCAGAAAAUUAGGUUGCAGCAACUGUGGGACAUAGGUAUUAAUUUUCUAACUGUCUUGUAUUUGAAACCUUCAGAUUUUAUCCCUUUAUGUACUUUGCAUUUAAUAAAGCAAUAGCAAUAAAAA